AUGCAGAAACAAGCACGGGUUACACAAAGAAAUAUUCAAUUUCAAGAUACUGUUCAAAUAAGACACAUUCCAGCAAAUGAUGAACAACAAAAUGAAAUACAAACAGAUACAACAUGGAAUCCAAAUUUAAGAGAUAAAAAUGUAUUCAAAGAUGAAAAACCAAAAACACAAAAAAGAAUAGUUAUUGGAAUUAUUCUCGCUGGUUGUCUUAUUCUUGCUGCUGUUAUUGGAGGCAUAGUUGCCGCAGUGAUCACUUCAAAAUCAUCAAGCACAGCUGAUAACUCUCUCUCAUACAAUGCUAAUUGUGAUGUAGGUUCAAAUCAAUGUAUAUCAUCCAAAGGUCUCUAUUGUUCAAAUGGUUUUUGUAGUUGUACAUCACCACUAUCAUGGAAUUCAGUCAAUAGCACAUGUGCUUUAUUAAGUUAUAAUAAAACUUGUACAUCAUCAAGUCAAUGUGAUUCAUCAUUACAACUUGUUUGCACAAAUCAAGUUUGUCAAUGUAAUAGUUAUUAUACAUAUAAUACAUCAAGUCGUACUUGUACACUUAUUCUAAAUAAUACUUUAACAUAUGGUGAUACAUGUACUGUUGGAUCAAAUCAAUGUGAAUCAUCUUCUGGAUUAGUUUGUACAGGUAAUUGUUCAUGUACAGCAACUAAAGCAUGGAAUGUAUCAGCUUGUUCUUGCCCAUCGGAAACAUUUUUAAAUUCAUCAGGCCUUUGUGAAACACAACGUUUAUAUAAUCAAACAUGUGUUGUUGGAUCGAUGCAAUGUGAUUCAUCACGAGGUCUUUCUUGUAAUAAUAGCAUAUGUAUAUGCGAUGCGACUAAAUAUUGGAAUAUGAAUUUUCAACAAUGCUAUCAACGUCUUAAUUAUUCACAAGCUUGUGGUGCUGAUUCUGAUUGUAUACCAACACUUAGUUGUCCAACAGUAUCAGGCGUUUGUAAUUGUCCAUCAUAUUUAUCUGAUUAUACAUGUAAUUGCCUUAAUACUCAAUACUAUAAUCCAUCAACAAUGCAAUGUGUUAGUCGAGCUACAUUAGGUGGUUCAUGUACAACAUCACUUAACUAUACAUGUCUUACAAGUCUUUAUUGUAAUGCAGGAUCAUGUGCUUGUCCAUCUGGUACUACUUGGAUUUCGGCAAAUUCAACAUGUGUAUAA